AUGCACUUGACGCCAAUCCGUCUCUGUCGUCUUUGCUCCUCAGCCAUGCUGCAUCAAACAGUUCUCGGCCUUCUGCUGGCAUGUGCAGUGUCUCUCAGCAGCUCUGCUGUUGUUCUAGAUAAUGGCUUGCCCAUGUUGUGGUCACAAACAGCCAGCCAACCGAGUGAGCUGCCUAUACAAAAUGAUGUCCUGAUGCCAAACCCCUGGCACUUCCUCAACCGUAUGAGCCUUUACAGGCUGCUGAUUGCUGCAACAGACCCGUUAAUGGGAUCCAUGGGAACAGGUGUCGCUGAGAGUCCUUUUUGGGGACUGCCUCUGCAGCUUGCAUGGAUGCUGACUUCAGGGCGUCUUGUUGACCCAACUGGUACAACUACUUGUGGCAUGGAAACAGGAGAUACUAUGUGUAUUUCCACUGAGAGCUGGUGGGCCUGUGAGAACUACUUUGUCUCAGUGCUGCCCUUCCUCUCUGCUGCGCAGAAUGGAUUCAUGGGAGAUGGAGUUCAGGUCCAGAUGCAGGUGCCAGAUGGUGUUACAGAAUACUGCACCACAUAUGCUGACUGUUCAACUCGCUUCCCUGUUGCCAUGUCCAAGUGGGACACCUUUUUUCAGAGUCUUAGGGGCAUUUCUGAGUCUGCUGAUCCUGACAAUGUGAAGAAAGACAACAUCCUCGGCCUCUACUGGGAUGCCCAGAUGACUUCAACCACUACUUCUUCUGCAUGUGAUGCCAAGAAAGGCCACUACUCCGCUCCAGAGGUCUCAUUUGCUAAUGCCUGGCUGAACUCAGCUGAGUAUGUUUCUGCGGCACAUUUCCAAUCCAGUCUGGAACUGGCUGCAAAGUUCAUUGUGCCUCUGCCAGGUCGAGUUUUAAAGGAGGGUGACGUUGCCCCAAACAUUGAAGGACUGAGUCAAGAGGAGAACAGCAUGCUGAAUACCUUCUCUUGGUUGGAUUCCAUCAACAGAGUAAUGGGUGGGACAUUGGUGUCUGUGUGGCGAAAAGGCAUGUGCUCCGUGACAACAAGAGAGAAAGGCAGAGACCUGUUGGAGCAGGUCAUGCUGACUCCUGCCUACAGCUCCAUCUCCUUCAUGGGCAUUGUCACUUCAAUGGCUACAGAGUGCUGAGUGAGACAAACACUCUAACAGAGACAAACAAUCUAACAGAUACAAACGGCAACUCCAACUAUAGUGCUGUAUUUUAUUUUUAAACUGUAGGAGAAUUGCAAACAGUACAUAGGUUAUCAAAUACCUUACACUUCAUGUUACUUUAGGGACAUUUGAAAGAUGCAAGUUGUUAUUUUAAAUGCAUGCAUUUAACUUGUAACAGGUAGUAUUUCCAGAUUGUAAGAUCUGAUUAUGAUUUAGUGUCAGCCAACAACAGCUCUACUCCAGUCCCACAGCGCCUCCCAUUGGUCAUUUGAUCUAAUAAUGCAGUGACAGAUAAAAAGACGAAGGCCAUGGAACAUCUUCAGUGUUAUAAAUGGAUGAAAUGUAUUCUUCGGAGAGUGAUGAAAAUGAACUGUGGGGGUUUUGAUUGAAAACAUUAAUCAACAGUUGCCCAUGAAUGUGUAUAAACUUGAAAAUAAAUUAUU